GUUUUCUUUCUUUCUAAUUUUUCGUGGAGGCGAGGAGAUAGAGAAGAGAGAGAGAGAAGGGCACGCAGGAGGAGGCGCGUACCUCGCGAUUGGACAGGGCGCGAGGACCCCGAGGAGUGCGCUCGCGAUCUCCGAGGCGCGGGGUGCCGAUUCCGGCGCCGGGACAGCUUCGCCCCUCGCCGGACCGGCCGUUUCGAGCUCUCCAUCGCCACGGAUUUGGUGGGAUCCGGUCGGGAAACCGGUUGGUGGAAGCGGAGGACAGGAGGGGAUGGGGGCCGGGGCGGAGAUGAGGGAGGAGGCCGUCGAGGUGGAGGCGGCGAGCGUGAAGGAGGAGAAGACGCCCGUGUCGUGCUCGAUCUGCCUCGACGCGGUCGUCGUCGUCGGCGGGGAGAGGUCUACGGCGAGGCUGCAGUGCGGCCACGAGUUCCACCUCGAUUGCAUUGGAUCGGCAUUCAAUUCCAAAGGAGUUAUGCAAUGCCCCAACUGCCGGAAAGUCGAGAAAGGGAAUUGGCUCUAUGCAAGUGGUUCCCGACCCUCACAGGAUAUCAACAUGGAUGAGUGGGCUCAUGACGAAGACCUCUAUGAUGUUAGUUACUCUGAGAUGCCAUUUCGUUUUCACUGGUGUCCAUUUGGUCGCUUAGCACAACUUCCAUCAUUAUUUGAGGAAGGAGAAUCAUCACCUCCAGUUACUUUUCAUGACUUUAUGGGACAGCAUGUGUUCACGGAGCAUCUAUCCGUAUCUGCUGCACCAGGAGGGGCACAUCCUUGCCCAUAUGUGGCAUACUUGCAUCCUCUUCCAUCACUGGCUUCAUCAUCAAGCUCCCAUGUCCCUGAUAGAAGUAUGGAUGGCUCUGUGUAUCAUGAUCACUGGAACCACCUGACUGGCCCAUCAGAUGGUAGGCCCUUGCAAGCAGCACAACAUGCUGAUUUCCAUCAUAACCAUUGGGCGCAUCUUCCCCAUUCAUAUGCUCAACCAAACAGCAAUAAUGGGGUCACUGAGCAGCUGGGAGUCUCUUUUGGAACAAUGAGGCCUGCAAGGGUUGAUGGAGACAGCCAACGUCGAGGAUCUGUUGUUUCUCCAUCCUACUUCAGCAAUGGAUCUGGCUCUAGAUCUAGAGCUCCUAAUGUUCCUCCUCUGGUACCUCAAUUUAUGAGGGCUCAUGGCAGCAUCAACGAACAAUUUCAACAGAACUCAUCAUCUAGCCUGUUUGCUGGGGCUCAUAGAUCAGGAGGCUUGCGACCUACCCCGCCACCUCAACCUGAGAACCCAACAUUUUGCUUGUUCCCACCAGGUUCGUCCGGCCAUGGUUCAAUGGAGACUGAUGAUGCUGGAGGAAACCGAUUCUAUGCCUGGGAACGCGAUCGCUUCGCGCCGUACCCAUUAAUGCCAGUUGACUGUGAGACAAGCUGGUGGAGCUCACAGCAAUCUCACGGUGCAUCAGAAUCAACAACCGCGCCUGCACCAAGGAGACUAUUUGGGCAAUGGAUUGGCCUGGGUAGGUCAUCGCCCGAAAAUAGAUCGCCAGAGGGCUCAUCAUAUCGACAAAUGCACACCCCUCGGAUGUAGCCCCCUCAUGGAGGCAACCUAAGUUAAUACUUCAUAUUUGGAGUCUUGAGUUGCUUGUAAGAACCAAUGGAAAACCCUGUUUGUAUGAACUUAAGCCGGGUCGCGCGGUAAUCUUCUGGAGAAAUCUGCGAGGGAGAAACUUGAAAUAACCUGGAGAGAGAACAUUUUGAUUUGGUUAAUGUGAAUUCUAUCUCGUACAUAUCUGAAAUCAAAUUGGGAUAUUCGAAGAUUCACCUGGUGGGA